AUGGGCAAGCAGGCCAACCUAUACUCCUUCCCGACCGCCGAGGCGCUCGCGCCCGCGCUCCGGUCAUACGUCAUCCAGUGCCAGGACGCGGGCAUAACGCGGCACGACGUCUUCAAGGUGGCCGUCUCGGGCGGCUCGCUCCCCAAGUCGCUGGCCCAGGCGCUGCUGGACCCCAAGGGCGCCGGCCAAGUGCGCUGGGACAAGUGGGAGAUCUUCUUCGCCGACGAGCGCGCCGUGCCGCUCGACCACGACGACUCCAACUACGGGCUCGUCAAGAAGGAGCUGCUCGACCGCAUCCCCGCCAGCCAGCCGCAGCCCACGGUCCACGCCAUCGACCCGGCCCUGCUCGGCGACACGCAGGAGCUGGCCGACAGCUACGAGCAGGUGCUGGUGCGCAGCUUCGCCAGCCGCGACAGCGUCAAGCUGCCCAUCUUCGACCUGCUCCUGCUCGGCUGCGGGCCCGACGGCCACACGUGCAGCCUCUUCCCCGGCCACGAGCUGUUGCGCGAGACGAGCGCCUGGGUCGCCCCCAUCGAGGACAGCCCCAAGCCGCCCCCGAAGCGCAUCACCCUUACCCUUCCCGUCGUCACCCACAGCGUCCGCGUGGCAUUUGUCGCCACGGGCGCCGGCAAGAGGGACAUCAUGAAGCAGAUCUUUGACGGCGACGCCGGCCUGCCCUGCGCCCUCGUCAACCACGGCGCCGGCGACCGCUGCUCGUGGUUCGUAGACAACUCGGCCGUCGAGGGCGUGUCCUACCCCAAGAGGAACUUUAACCUGUGA